GUUUAAGUUUAAACAUAUUUUAUUUCCAAAAUGACAAAUACAAAUAAAUUACAAUUCACUCAAUAUAUUAUUGAACAAGGGUUGGACCUUAAGUUCUACAACAUUAUCGGGUGUCUUUCCCUAGAGUAUAAAGUUACAUAAAUAGAGAAAGUUGGAUUAGCAGCAUGAUGAACAAGAGUGACAACGACACAAAUCAACUGAUGACGUCAUUUGAUCUUCUUAACGACAUGAACGCCGCGGAGAGUCAGCGGCUGAUACCAACGGCACUUUUUCUCGGCAUUAUCGCCGUGCUCGGAAUCCUCGGUAACGCGUUGGUUAUCCAUAUUUAUCGUACCCGUUACAAGCUAUCCAAUGCGAAAAUCUUCAUCGUUAGCGUUUCCGCCGUGGACAUGUUCUCGUGUUGUAUCGCGAUACCGUUCGAGAUCAUCUUGCUCAUGGACCAGUUCACUUUUGAGCAGGCGUGGAUGUGCAAAAGUUCCAGGUUUUUCAACACGCUAAGCACGUGCGCGUCUUCUUUUAUUUUGUUCUUUGUCGCCGUGGACCGAUUUCGAAAGGUGUGCAGACCUUUUCAGAGGCAAAUAACUACCAGUUUUGCGACAAAAUUAUGCAUUGUGUCGGUGGCAUUGGGCGUGGUGGUGGCUCUACCAGCGUUCUGGAUGUACGGAAAGAAAACGUUUGUGGUAAAGCAGGAUACUAUAGACGAGGCGGUGAUUGGGUCCGAAUGCUCCACGGCUGAUGCCAUGAAAGGUUCCAUAUUUCCUUUAAUUAACAUAGCAAUGCAGAGCGUUUUGUUUGUUACCGGCAUUGUAGCAAUAUCCGUUCUUUAUUGUCUGAUUGGAUGCAAGAUAAAGAAGCAAUCUAAAAAGAUGCGACUUAUGAUGGUGAGAAGUAUGUCGAUUCCUAUGACGCCAUCAAGUUGUGUGGAAAAUGGAGUUGAUAUUCCUGGAGAAAUCGAUCCUGGGCGACACAACCACGAGGACGUCAUUUCGCGCAAAAACAAUGACAAUAAAAAGCAGAAUGAACGUAAAAAACGCAAAUCAGAGAAAAGCACGGAUGAAUCGUGGACUAGGGAUACGGAAGUUUCUUACACAAGCUACGAAAAGGAAGAGCACGCCGAAGUGAAUCGGGGGAAGACAAAACAAACAGAUAAGCAGACCAAAGUCAGUGAUGAUCAAAACGUGACCCCUAAAGAUACAAAUUAUAACUAUGAACAAUCCGAGCGUGUCAAAACAAUUGAAAGCACGGGGAGUUCGGAACGCGUCAAUGAAAAUAAAGGCACAGGGACAUUAAAAAGGCAGUUAUCAAACGCUGGCAGUCAGAUUUUUCACGUCAUUCGGCGGAUAACGUCUCACACGUCUGACGAAAAGUUAGACUCGGCAAGGAAAUCCCAAUGCCUGAAGGAAGUCAGGGCGAGAAAAACAGCCUUCAUUAUGUUUCUUAUCUCUCUUGCCUUCAUUCUGAGCUAUCUCCCACAUCUGAUUCUAAUGGCGACUCGUGUCGUUAAAUAUCAAUUUAUUGAACAACUCAGCGACGACGGACUAGCGACGUACAAGUUUUUCUUGCGAUCGUAUUUUCUUAACUGUGCUAUUAACCCUGUAAUUUACGGCCUUUGUGAUGUACGGUUUCGCCUUUAUUAUAAUGAAUUCUUCAGUCGCUGUUUUUCUCGGAAAUAACCGACCGUGCAACGAGGCAAAGAGAAGUCUUGAUGAACUAUAUAAUACAUUAAAUAUGUUUUUCUUUGAAAAAUUGUUGAAAACUGUCGUAUAACGCUUGUGACAAUCAAAAGCCAAGGUAGGAUUAUCGGACCGUAGUCUCGUUUGAAAUGUUAUCUAACGGAAUGAACGUAAGAUAACAUGUUUGUGAUUAGGAAAUGCCGUUAAAAUGUCUACAACUUACACGUAACAAAUACUGGUUCCAAUAUUAAAUUGCAUUAAUUGAACUACAAAUAAAAAAUGCGCCCGUGUAUAAGAGGGUUUAUGCUUGUGGACAAAAA